UGCUUGUGGUCACACUGAAGUACCGCUGCUUAAAUAACAAUCAAUGAGUUGUUUAAAAAUCUCGCUUGAUUUCGUGAAAUUAUGCAUCAUAUUUAAUUGUGCACACAAAACAAAUUUAUUUUUGGGCGGCUGGUCGUCGGUAUCAGUAAGGCGAAGGCGUGCUGACGGCAAUACAUUAAAACGAAAACGAGCGGCUUUGUGUGCGACGUAAAUUGCGCGCGUCCCGCUUAGAAGAAACGGCACGUGCUUGUUUGCAGCAAAAUAGCAGCGAAAUAUGAACGAAGGGCGCUAUGGAAGAUUUGGAGCACUCAUUGGCGUUGCAUACGUGAGCAGCACCCACUGCCGCUUUCUGAUUUAUUCAACGAAGAAUGCCGAAGUGCUUGCCUAUCAUGAACUAAAACUGCGACAGAUAGUGCACAAUGCCGGCUGGCUGGAAUACGAUCCCGCAGAGAUAUGGAAACAUAUGCAGGAGUGCAUUGAGACUGCAUACAAAAAUCUAGUGAUACUAGAAAUCAGCCCGCAUGACAUCAUUGCGGUGGGCAUUGCCAAUCAGCGCGGUACCACUGUGCUCUGGAACAAGCAGACGGGUCAAGCCUUACACAAUGCCAUCGGUUGGUCCGAUUGUCGGAGCACCACGCUGCUCAAAUCCCUGCUUCACAAUGUCAAGCGAAAUGUGAAUUAUUUGCGCUAUCGCAGUGGUCUACCGCUAAGUAGCUGCUUUAGCGCUCUGAAGAUCAAGUGGCUGUUGGAGCAUGUGCCAGCAGUAGCCAAGGCCAUAGAGCAGGAGCAGUGCCUAUUUGGUACGCUGGAUUCCUGGCUGAUAUGGAACCUAACUGGUGGCGUCGAUGUGGGCGUGCAUUCUACGGAUGUGACCAAUGCGCACUAUACAUCGUUAAUGAAUGUCGCCUCUCAACAAUGGGACAUAAAGCUGUGCAAAUUCUUUAAACUGCCUAUGGGAAUACUGCCACGCAUUCGUUCAAAUUCAGAGAUUUUCGGGUACAUUGUAGAGGGUCCUUUAAUGGGCGUGCCCAUUGCAGGCGUAAUGGGCGAGCAGCCGGCUGCUUUACUGGGUCAACUGUGCGUCAAAGCGGGUCAGAAUGUUUGCACACUUGAUGACAGCUGCUUCGUGCUCUUGAACACAGGCCAACAGAUGAUCGAGUCGGAGAGUGGUCUGAUAACGGGCAUAGCGCACAAGUUGGGACCCACAGCAGUUACGCAUUUUACGCUCGAAGGAGCCAUAUCCAAUGCCGGUUCUACGAUCAAUUGGCUGCGCCAAGGACUGCGCAUCAAUACCGAAAUCAAUUCCAAUGAUAAUGUUGUCGAAUCACUAAACACAUUUUUGGGUGAGAGCUCAAUGAUCUCAUCUUCGUGCUCCUCAAGCAUGCUUAAUGCAGAGUGCGGGCUUGCAGCCAAGCGCUCGGAGAUAACAUUUGUGCCCGCCUUUCAUGGCUUAUAUGCGCCCUACUGGCGCUAUGAUGCAAGAGGCAUUAUACUGGGUCUGACAAGUCAAACUACAGCGGAAAACAUCACACAGGCUGCUUAUGAGGCAACUGGUUUCCAGAUCUACGAGGUCCUUCAAGCAUUUAAACGAGAUACGCCCAACUGGGAUCCGUCUUGCAUGCAGCCCGUUCUCACAUUUGGCGGCGAGUAUGCUGAGGACAGCCAUCUGGUUCAGUUUAUUGCGGACAUUAUUGGCUGGAUGCUGGAACGGCCACAGACAACAUCACCCGCUGGCAUGGGUGCCAUGAUAGCCGCUGGCGUAACAAUGCGUGUGGUUUCAUUACCUUAUGCGACGCGAAUGUACGCGCCGCCCACUGAUGUGUUCUCACCCACAACAACACAAAAUCGUCGUGAACUGCUUUAUCGUCGUUGGGACUAUGCGGUAAAGAAGUGUCUGCAUUGGAAUAAUUAUGAGACUUACGAAGCGGAUGUGGAGCUGUUUGCCCAACGUGAGCGUGAUCCCAAUUUACCCAUACGUCGUUCCAUACCGGGCAGUGUGUUUCUGACCACAUCCUUUGCACUGCUGUUGUUGGCCAGUUUUUUAAAAAACAAUCGCUUAACUUAGAUGUAGCGUAAUAAGCAUGCUUUUAGGCGCUGUCGCCAGAAUUCUGCGCCCAAUUUUCUGAAAUCUAGUCACAACAAAUAUGUAUGUAGGUUCAAGUGCGCAUCCAAAAUUUAUUGUUGAAUUUAGCCAGUAAUUUGUAAUUAAUUUUUCAUAUUUCCUUCCUUAUAGUAUAUUUUCUACUAUUUUUUUUUUGAAUAAUUUGUAGAUCAAAAGUUUUGUGAUUGGUAUAUACAAGCUAUAUACAUAA